AUGCCUGGUAGCAAGUGGGCCAAGAUCGGUUACUUGGUCAUAUUGUCCUUCCAAAAUGUGUUGCAUACGCUGGCUAUGCGUUAUUCACGCGCUGAAUAUCGGAUUAGAUAUUCUGCCUCCUCAGUUGUUAUACUAAGCGAGAUCAUGAAAUUUUCAAUCUCAUCCCUUGUAUUGUUUCACGAAGGUUUAUUUAAACGCGCCAUAAGUGGUAUUUACUACGACACUUGUGAUUUCCUUCGAACCUGUGUUCCGGCUUUGAUCUAUGUCGUGCAAAAUAAUACAAUCAUUUUCGCAUUAAGCUGUUUAGAUGCGACGGUUUUCCAAGUGACGUAUCAGCUAAAACUCCUUACUACUACAAUAUUCUCAGUUUUGUUUUUGCGCAAGAGCAUUAGUUUUCUCCAGUGGAUAUCACAGAUUGUCCUCUUUAUUGGUGUGGCCGUUGUACAACUGCAGGAUCAUGUGGCACAAUCUUCAACGCCUACCCCACAUGAUGCCUCAGGCGCUGCGGGUUUAAUGGCGGUUCUAUUUGCUUCAGUACUCUCUGGGUUUGCUGCCGUUUAUUUUGAAAGAAUCCUUAAACAUUCACCGAAAUCGCUUUGGACAAGAAACUUUGAGCUCUCAUUGGCAUCAAUCGCUAUUGCACUGGUUGGCCAAGCCGUAGGCGAAGGAGGCAGAGUGAGUGAGAAGGGCUUUUUCUACGGAUUCGACUGGCUGGUUUGGACUACUGUCGCUUUGCAAUCCGUCGGUGGCAUCCUCGUUGCACUUGUCGUUAAGCACGCCGACAAUAUUUUGAAAGUAGGUGCUGCAAUUUUCUCUUAUUUGUUAUUGUUAUGUGUAUGGUCUAUUAGUCAAGACAAGGCGUCAGAUAGUGCUUCCAUUUUAUCUACGCGGUUUUGCGUGUUCAGCCUCAUUAGUGAUCACCUGUAUCGUCUCUUUUGUCUUCUUCGACUCCAGUUCCUCUUGGACUUUCCUCUUCGGCACCACCUGCGUGGUUCUCGCUGUCUUCCUCUACUCACUCUUCCCCGUGCAGCGUUAUUAGCACCACCACCUCCUCAUUUACUCCUUGCCCGCGUCCAUGCCCUCAUUUUCUCUAGAAAAAGAAGCCUUUUGCCUUACUUUACUUUUGACAAAACUCGGAAAACCCCCGUGGGGAACGAUCUGGUAACUGCUCUCCACGAAUUAGAUGCAGAAAAUCCGACAGGUUCCGCUCCAUUAGCACGCAUACUGGUACCCGUUUACAUUAUGUCGGAACUGCAGGUGGUGACAGCUCUGCCGCUGCUGUUGCUGCUGGUUCAACCGGGGCAGAACUAUUCAGUCCCGCUUUCUGGCCACUGGAGGCUCAGCGAUGGGGAUAGCAUUGUGCACUUCAAUCUCACCUCAACCGGCACGGAUGCCUACUCAGUUCUUCAGGAGAUUGGGAGCAUUAGUGAUCCCCUUAGCGGCUACGGUGAUAAAGAACUACGCUACAUUAGCUACAAGAACUGGACUUUCUCUCAUUACUUCUGGGUUGAAUACCCUGAAGUUCUAAAAACCACUUCUCUCGAGCUCGACGAGCUGGAUACGUUCUGUUGCAUCUAUCUCAACAACCGUCUUCUGGCAUGCACAGAAAAUAGCUUUAUCCGCACAAUCCUCCCCAUCGACUCUGUCCUUUGCCGUGGCUGGAAUUUCCUCCAACUCGUCUUUAAGCCGACACCCCUAAUGGCCAAGGAGGCUUAUCGGAAGCUGUCGCCGAACCCACCACUUCCCGCCUGCUGGCCCGACAUAUUCAGAGGUGAAUGCUAUGUUAACGCGGUGAGAACAACGCAGGCUGCUUUCGGGUGGGAUUGGGGUCCUGCCUUUCCGAUUCAGGGAUUUUGGAAGCUGCCCUUCCUUAGAUUCGGUGAAGUGUGGUUGGGUGAUGGUCUACGCUUCUUCCCAGUAAUGAUAAAACGCGGUUGGAAGACUACCGUCUCCGUCGAGGUUCUUCGUAGUUCCAGCAUUGUAAGGACGGACCAAUGUGUCUGCAUCCACGUGAAACUAGGCGGCGGGUUAAUGCACGAGUGGACGGAGCGCUGCAUUUCGCCUCGACACCGCGAGACGAAUGUGUGGUUGGAACUGCCACUGGCCUCAAACGUCACAGUGAGACCCUGGUGGCCGCUCGGAGUGCAGGCUGGACCACAUUUGUACGCUCUGAAGGUGCAGCUCCGAAAUCCCCUUGGUGGUCCUCCGAUCGACAGAAAAUCCUUCUGGGUUGGCUUCCGGGAAGUGAAACUCGUUCAGCUUGGGGCUAAAUCAGUGGAAAACAUUGCCAAAAGGGACUAA